AUGAAAUCACACAUCCGACUCCAUAUCGUUGAGCCACGAUGGGGCGUCGUGACCGUCUUCGCAGCUUCUGGCGUGAUUUUGGAAUUGCAGCGAAUUCACCGCCGCCUCAAGAAGAUGAAGCACGGGCAAACCUUGGGAUCCGAGCAUUUCCUCCCAGAGCAGAUCUGCCACCGCCCGAGAUAUCCGGGGCCAAUGUCCGGCAUCAUCAUCGCGGUUCAUGGACUGGGCGGCAACUGGCUGAAAACAUGGAGGGCCGAUGAUGGCGCUAUCUGGCUUCGAGAUCGCCUGCCCCAACUCCUCGCGGAGAAGAACAUUCACGCAAGAGUUCUCUCCUACGGAUACGAUGCCGACUUCAUCUUUACAAACACCAUCAACGACAUUGAAAUAGUUGCGAGAGACCUCCUCAACCAAGUCGACGGCGCCAGAACUACAGAUGAGCAGAGGAAGGCACCCGUCAUUUUCGUUGCGCACAGUCUAGGCGGCCUGGUAGUCAAAGCAGCAUUCAACAAGGCCUGGGUAGAAAACAUCCAUUAUCAAAACAUCGUCGACAGGGCCGCUGGAUGCAUCUUCCUCAGCGUUCCGCAUCGCGGUGCCGAUCUGGCCCGCUGGGCUCGCAAUGCUGCCACCAUUAUGAGGGCGCUGAGCGGCCUCGGCAACAAACGACUGGUUCGCGCGAUUUCGAGGAGCUCUGAGGAAUGGAAGAAAGUGGGCUGGGACUUUGUGUUUAGGACGGCGGAUAUAUCCAUUGCCACGGUUUUUGAAACCCAGUUGACGGGAGGGAUAAUGGUUGUGGACCAAGACUCUGCCAGGCUGGGCCUCUUUGGGGAGAGAACUGGAGGCUUGCCGAGGUCAGAUCAUCGCACCAUCUGCAAGUUCGGCGACAACCAAGACGAAAGCAAUCGAUUCUUCGUGCUUGGCAACUUUGCAACCUGGAUAGCCGAGUGUGCCUUACAGAAAGGUCAGUGA